CAAUUUGAAAACUGAGAAACAGCUCCGUUAAGUGAUUGAUAAACUAAGCGCGAAACCGCAAGUUGAGUGCAUCAAAUAGACAAAGUUCAUACCAUGGCCAUAGAGUUACGCUCUACGACCACUCCAAGUGAUAUUAUUACAACAACAAAAGCAACAACUGCAACAGCGAAUAGCGGCAACAACAACAACAGCAACAAAUUAAACCACUUGCAACAGCUGUUCGCCUGCAUCUGCGCCAAUGCGAAUCUCGUGCUGCUCACACUGAUGCUGGCGCUGGGCAAAUGCUGCACUGCCACGCCCACAAAUGCGGCCAAUCUAACGCAUAUGGAACAGCAAGUGCUGCCGCCGACAGAUGGCGCCACACUGAUCAAGCAUCUCGACGGCAAGAGCAUCCUAAGCAUGGGCUUCAAGUUCCUCAACGUAUCCGGAAAAAUCGGCACACCGCUGGGCAUAGCCCAAUCGCUACACAGCAAAUGCGAUGAGAAGCAAUUUGAAUGCAACAACGGCGCCUGUAUACCCAUUCGAUUCGUUUGCGAUGGCGAUGCGGACUGCGCGGACCACAGUGACGAGCAGGUGAACGAGUGCAAAUUCCGCGAGGCCACCUGUUCCUCGGACCACUUCCGCUGUACCAACGGCAACUGCAUACCCAACAAAUGGCGCUGCGAUCAGGAGAACGACUGCAGCGAUGGCUCCGACGAGGACAGCGCUCUGUGCAAGGCUCGCACCUGCUCGCCGGACGAAUACAGCUGCAAGAGCGGCGAGGGCGAGUGCGUUCCUCUCGCCUGGAUGUGCGAUCAGAGCAAGGAUUGCAGCGAUGGCUCCGAUGAGCAUAACUGCAACCAGACGUGCCGCUCCGACGAGUUCACCUGCGGCAAUGGUCGCUGCAUCCAGAGACGCUGGGUCUGCGAUCACGACAACGACUGCGGCGACGGCACCGAUGAGCGCGACUGCCCCGUCGUCCCCUGCGACAGCGUUGCGGAGCACACUUGCACCAAUGGCGCCUGCAUUGCCAAGCGCUGGGUCUGCGACGGCGAUCCGGAUUGUCCGGAUGCAUCCGACGAGCGGUCGUGUGCGAAUGCCACAAAGCUAGUGACGCCCUGCUUGCCACAUGAGUAUCAGUGCAAGGAUCGCAUCACCUGCCUGCACCACAGCUGGCUCUGCGACGGCGAUCGCGACUGUCCCGAUGGCGACGAUGAGCACGCCUCUAGCUGCAAGAACGUGACUUGCCGGCAGGAUCAGUUCCAGUGCGGGGAUCGCAGCUGCAUAGCCGGACACCUCACCUGCAACGGGCAAACGGACUGUGCGGAUGGCAGCGACGAGCGGGACUGCAAGCUGGCAGCUCCAGUCAAGAGCUGCAAUGCCACCAGCCAAUUCGACUGCGGCGGCGGCCAGUGCAUUCCCCUCUCGAAGGUGUGCGACAAGCGCAAGGAUUGCCCCGAUGGCGAGGACGAGCCGGCCAAGAAGUGUGGACAGAACGAGUGCGCGGUGAAGAACGGCGGCUGCAUGCACCGCUGCGUGGAUCACCAGGUGGGCUACAAGUGCGAUUGCCAUGAGGGCUACAAGCUGUCAGGCGACGGCCACAGCUGUGUGGAUGUGAAUGAAUGCGAACAGCCCGGCGUCUGCUCCCAGAUCUGUGUCAACGAAAUCGGCGGCUUCAAGUGCGAGUGCGAAGCGGGCUACAUGAGAGACCCGCGCAACCACACACGCUGCAAGGCAAGCGAGGGCCACGCCUCGCUUCUGCUGGCCCGCCGUCAUGACAUACGCAAGAUAGCACUCGACCAUAUGGAAAUGACCUCCAUUGUAAACAACACCAAGUCGGCGACUGCCCUGGACUUUGUGUUCCGCACGGGCAUGAUCUUCUGGAGCGAUGUGACGACCCAGAGCAUCUACAAGGCGCCCAUCGACGAGGGCAACGAGAAGACCGUCGUGCUGAAGAAGUCGUCGGUUACCUCGGAUGGCCUGGCCGUCGACUGGAUCUACAACCAUGUCUACUACACAGACACACACAAGUGCACCAUCGAGUUGACCAACUUUGAUGGAAACAUGGGCAAGGUUCUGAUUGAGGAUGCGCUCGACAUACCUCGCUCGAUAGCGCUCGAUCCCAUUGAGGGCUGGAUGUACUGGUCGGACUGGGGCGCCUCGCCGCGCAUCGAGCGCGCCGGCAUGGAUGGCUCCCAUCGCACGACGAUCAUCAACUAUGACGUGAAGUGGCCCAAUGGCAUCACCUUGGAUCUGGUGAGGAAGCGCAUCUACUGGGUGGAUGGCAAGCUGAAUAUCAUCUCCUCGGCCAACUACGAUGGCUCGCAGCGCCGACAGAUCCUUUACUCGACGGAGUAUCUGCGGCAUCCCUUCUCCAUCACCACCUUCGAGGACUACGUUUACUGGACCGACUGGGACAAGCAGACGGUCUUCAAGGCCAACAAAUUCACUGGUCUGCCUUCCACAGUUGCCGAGCGGAGUCCAGUGAACAACCAAACGCACAUCGAUCAAACCACAGCGCCCAGCCCGCAGCCGGACUCGGGCUUCAUAGCGCUAGUGGUUAUCGCCAGUCUCAGUGGUUGUGCGGUGCUGCUAUCGGUGGUCCUCCUCCUUGGCUACCGCUACUGCAGCAAGCGACGCAUCAACUCUAUGAACUUUGAGAAUCCCAUCUAUCGCAAGACAACAACUGAGGAUCAUUUCAGUUUGCGCAAGAAUCUGCCCGCACGUAUCUACGAUCACACCAGCGUUAUGGACGAGGAGUACUCACCCGUUAUAGGCAUAUCGUCGUAUUAAAGUUUUUGGGUUUAUUCUGUCUAAUCUAUGUUUAGAAGCCAAUUAUAAACCCGCUGCAGACACGCCUAAAGACUGAGCAACUCGUAUGUGUAAUUAUUUUAACCUUAUUUUAGCAGCAGUUAAGAGUGAAGGAGGAAGCAGAAGAGGAAGUAGAGGGAGAAUCCUUUAAGGAUGCUGUACAAAAUACGUCGCCGAGUUCUAACCUAAACUAAAACUAUAACUAAAACUAAACUAAAAUAAACUCUAAAGAUAAUUCACAUAGUUCCAAACUGUAUAUAGCUGUAAGUGUGCAUUAAAUAAUUAAC